AUGACAACCACGACGCACUCGGAUGUGACAGUCAUUGAAGCUGCUGCCAUGCAGUCUUUAGGCUCCGAGCAUCAAAAGUCUCUCAAUUCUGGUCAAUCUGCACCAUGUGCUCUUUGGCCAGUGGACCUGAAGUUAACUCACUUGGACUGGAACGCUGAAGCAACCCUGAUACACUUCCAGGGACAGUACCUUACCAUAUGUGAACUUGACUAUACUAUCUUGCAAGGAGAAAUACAGAAUACACCAAAGAAUAAAACUGCUGUGGAUAUUGGAGAGUUCUGCCUCGUAGAAGAUUUGACUUCAGCUCGGUGGUACAGAGGAAGAGUUCAGAACCGGAAAGAGGACUUGUUCGAUGUGUUCCUGAUAGAUCAUGGUAAUGUCUUGAGUGUAAAUAUUGACCACAUAUCUUCCUGUUCAAGUGAGUUGUUCAUCCUUCCUCCCAAGAUAGUGUGUGGCUUCCUUGCAAAUGUACUUCUACUUAAAGGUUCUUGCUCUGUGAUUGAUGAGUACCUGGCAAACCUGAUUGGACAAAGUGUCACAGGGUACAUUCAAGCCCUGCUUCCUCACAAAGUGCUAUUGUUAGAAGCUUCUGACAUCAACAACAACAUAGUUAGACAUGGGCUUGGGAGGCAUGUGGACACAGAAACUUUCCUCCUGUUGGUUGAGAUGCUCACAGAAGUACAACUCAAACAAAACAUUGAGCCAGUUCCUGAUUUACUCAUUGAAAAGCCAAGAGGACAAGAAUUCAGCUUUAAACCAUCUGGCUUGCGAGGGCACGAACAAAUUCUGUCAUUCUGUGGACCUAGAUUACCUUGUGGGACAAGAGCUAAAGUGCGAGUGACUGCUGCUGUGAAACCUGGGCUGUUUUACUGUCAGAUGGUUAGUAAGGAAACAGAACUAUGGGAGAUGUCAAGAAAGCUGGCUGAAGUUUGUGAGUACACAACAAAAGAACACACUCAGAAGACACCAGAAAACCUGGGCUUACUGUGCUCCAUAAAGGGGAAAGACGGGAGAUGGUACAGAGGCUUUGUGCAAUAUCUUCCAGUCAACUCUCAAGUUAGAGUUUUGUUUAUUGACUAUGGAUUUUUAGAAUCGGUCAAAGUUGAAAACGUCCACAAGUUGCCAUCAGGUAUUUAUUCAACACCAAUCAUGGCGUUCCCAUGCUCACUUUCAUGUCUAAGCGACCAGGAUGAGGCGCUUAAAACUCAACAGUUGAGUUUUCUCAAGGCUGGCUUGCUUGGAAAGGUGUUGGACGUGGACAUCAGAGGCUUUGAUGAAGAUAGGCUUCUGUACCCUAUCACAGUGAUUGGUGCUGAAGAUAAUCGAGUGAAGAAACCAGAGAUCAUUCAAGAGAUUCCUGCAAUGAAGAUUGAGUCAGUUUUUGAAAGGGAGGAGUUGUCUCAGAGUAGCCAUUUAAACUAUGAGACAAUCGUGAGCAAAACUUUAAAUGAAACACUGGAAGAAGAGGAGCUGCAAGUAAACUCUGUCUUUGUUGGCUACGUCGAGCAUGUCCAAAAUCCAAGCAAUUUCUGGAUCAGAACACAAAAACGCAAUGAUGAGUUUGAGGAGAUGAUGGCAAAAAUGUCAGAUCACUUCGAUCAAGUGAAGCUGGAUGAAGAUGUACUGUUGAAUCCUGAGCUGGGGACAAUGUGCUGUGCAGUUUAUGAGGAAGACAUGCAUUUCUACAGAGGUGUAGUGACAGACACUCUUGAGCAUGGAGCUGAGGUUCUGUUCAUUGACUUUGGCAACAUUGAGAAAGUGCCACACAUGUUGAUCAAAAAGAUACCCGAGACAUUUGCCAGCAAGUCAGCGUUCGCCAUUUGUUGUUCACUUGUUAAUGUUAUUCCUUUGGAUGAAGUAUGGACCAAUGCCACCUCUUGCUUUUUCAAACGAGCUGUGUCCAACAAAGCCUUGCUAGUCCAUGUUGUCGAGGUGAAAAAAAACAAAUUUGUAGUGGAUCUCAAAGAGAUGGGUGAAAACAAUCAGAGCAUCACUGAGCUUCUGAUCUCCUCAAAUCAAGCAGAAUUCUGGAACAACAUUACCAUAGAGCCUGUAGCGCAAAAAAAUACAGAAAAGACAAGAUGCCCAGAAUAUGGUGUGACAUCAGACGUCAAUGAAUGUAACGAGCAAUGGGAGGAUUGUGAAGACGAAGAGAAAAAAAGCACAAAGGAAACCGACAAGGUCCAAACCCCUGCUAGUUUCAAAGCAUUAACUAUCACACCAGGGUGUGAUUUCGCUGUGCGGUGCAUUUCCAUCAGUUCUCCAUCAGAGUUCUGGUGCCAGCCUCUUGACAAAGCUCAAGAGUUGGAGGAACUGAUGGCUAAAGUUCAGCAUUAUUACUCAACUAAACGAGUCCCCUUACGAUCAGGAGAUUCGUGUUGUGUUGCUGUGUCACCUAAAGAUAAGAGAGGUUACAGGGCCUUUGUCAUAGAACAAAUGAAUCAGCAUGUCAAAGUGAUGCUGGUUGACUUUGGCAACACCAUAAUGAUAAAUGAGCACAACCUGCAAGCUAUAAUGCCAGAAUUUCUUAAUUUGGAGGGACUAGCUUUCAGAUGCAGCCUUUACAAUGGGAUUGAACCUGCUGCUCACAAGAACUCAGGGUAUUGGACUCCAGAGGUACUUAACACGAUGACCGAUUUUGUCCUUAACAGCGCCGGUGCCCUAAGAUGCAAAGUUGUCUCACAGUUGAAUAUCAAAGACAAAGGGUUGUGCAAUGUUGUUGAUCUCCACAAUGCCCAGUCCAAACAGAGCAUAACGAAACUGCUUGUGGAACAAGGCAUGGCAACAGAGGCGGCAAUCUCAACAAAGCAAAUGUCAACAGUGUUCCCUGAGUCUUUUACCUACUCUUCAUACGAUCUGACUCCUGGAAAGGAAGAACAUGUCUUCAUCACUCAUGUGAGCAGUCAUUGUGAGCUCUACUGCCACCUUGAGAGAAACACGGAAGUAAUUGAACUGCUUGAAACUAAAAUCUCUGAGGAGAGUGAGAAAAUGAUACAAGCCAGUACAAAAGCUGUCGUGAAUAAGCUGUGUCUGGCUAAAUACUUGGAUGGCAAAUGGUACAGGGGCUUGACACACCCUGUUCAGUCACCUCUGCAUCUCAAUGUGUUUUUUGUGGAUUACGGAAACACAAACAUAUCAGAAAAAAAUCACGUCAUGUUGAUCCCCAGAGACUCUGGUGAGUUGUUGUACACGCCCAUGCAGGCUUUGAGAUGCAGCCUUGCUUCAGUGUCCAAGGGAGAGUUCUAUGCAGAUGUCAAGGAAUGGCUCGAUGGUGCGAUUCUCAACAAGCAAGUUAGAGCUGUCAUAGUUGGAAACAGCGAUGAUGGAUCAUUUGAUGUUGAACUGUUUGAUGGAGAUGUUAACAUCAAUGAGAAGGUAAAUGAGCUUAUUUUCAGUCUUUCGCCUAAACCAAAAGCAAACAUCAGUUUUGACAUAAACAGCAUACAGGGAUACCAGAAAUCUCUCAGCUCAGACAUCACAAAGCCAUCAGUCAAGUGCAAGAAUCAGCGUAACAGACGAUCUUCAAGCUCUCCUGCAUGUAAAGCACACAGAGGCACUCAAGCUGAGAGGGAAACCCAUAAAAAGACAGGAAACACGAGAAGUGUUCGUGGGAAAAAACAGCACAAUAACACAAAAGUCAAACAAGGAAAUGAGGGCAAUACAAAGAAUCACGUCCCUGAAAAGCCUCUGAAAUCCUCUCCAGAUAAAGACCAGAGAGAGUAUUUGGAUACCAACACAAAGUCCAAACAUACACAAUUGACAGAAGAAACACAGAUACCUCAGCUCUCGUGUUUGCCGAACAUGAAGGUGGGUGGCAGUUUUAUGGCCAAGUGUUUUGUCUCCCACAUUGACUCAGUCGACAGUUUUUUCCUCCAACUGUCAGUAGAUGAAUCUGCCAUCUUGAAAAUGGUUGAAGAUCUCAACUCAGGUGUCCUCCGAGAUUCAUUGACUGCUGCCACAUCUUUGAGAAUCAAUGACCUUGUUCUGGCUGAGUAUGAGGAAGAUGGCGCUCUGUAUCGUGCUGUUGUGAAGGACUUUGAAGGAAGUUCCUGUCUCAAAGUAGAGUUUGUGGACUACGGAAACUCAGCAGUCAUUGCGAAGGAGAAGAUCUACUCCAUACCAAAGGAAUAUCUGUCUCAACCCAGAUUUGGCAUACCAUGCUCCUUAUUGUACACAAACCUGUACAAAGACGAUGAGUCUUUCACUGAAGCUGUCAUGGAGAAGCCUCUCUGGGUAGAUUUUGUCUGUCAGUGGGGAACUCAGUGGAAAGUCAAGAUCGAGAUUCAUGAAGUUCCAGCUAUACUUGGAGCUACUGUUGAAAGAAGUACCAAAAGGGAAAAAGAAAGGGAAGCCCCCCAGAGUUCAUCUGAAAUAGAAGAGCGAGUGAGACCCUGUGAACAGACCAACUUGAAAAAAGCUGUAACACAGAAGGAAGCAACUACAUCCGAAACGAUGCCUACUGCAUAUGGGGAAACCUUGACCCGAGAUCCACCACCUGGCACACUGGCACCAAAACUAAAGGUGAUAAACUACAGGCGGCAUAAAACAACACGAACCAGAAACAGGACUCGGAAGAAAGCUGCUUUGAAAUCCUCUGUCAAAGCAAGUGAUUGGGCAGAUGCAGUCAUUCCCUCAAAAAUUCAAGCUGGCACAGAAAAUGCUACAUUCCUGUCGGUUCUGAGUAAUGGCAAUUUUUACAUCAGACUAAAUAAGACCAGUGAACUGCUUGCUGCACUGAAAAGUCGCAUAGCUGACAACCUUUACAAGUGCAAGGUGGUGGCUGAAGAGGAUGUCAAAGUAGGCCUCAAGUGCUUAGUUAAGGUGGACAAGGACACGCAGUGGCACAGGGCUGUUGUUCAACACGUGGGCCUGGGGAAAAGCCAGGUCCUACUCGUGGAUCAAGGAGUAUCAGAGGAAAUCCCAAAUGGCUUAAUCCGAAAUACUUGCAGUGACCUGACAGAAAUCCAGAACCUUGCAGUUCUGUGCAAGGUGCACAGCCUUGGGUUCAGUGAGAGAGCAUGUGCUGACACAUCAUGCUGGGAAACCCUACAACUUUUAGUGGAUAAAGAAGUCAAGCUGACGUUUGUCUGUUAUUCAAAAGUGGAUCAACUCUGGGUGGUUGAGAUUGUCAUGAAUGGAUUGUUCCUCGUUCAGCAGAAUGAGAUGAUCCAGACACCUGCUGAAACCAGAAAUGAGACAGAAGAAGAAGAAAAAAUACAUUUGGACGUGAACACAAGUCCUCUUCAGCAACUUGUCUUUGCUCCUGUUGAUAUAGACAAAAUGUAUCCUGGAUUUGCUGCCGCAGUGACGACCCCCUUCGAGUUCUGCCUUGUUCUGGAAGACUUGCUCCUAAUCAUGAACAAACUAUCCCUGAUGUUGGAUGACCUCCCUGAGCAGAUGCCUCCUCUCCCUGAAGUCCACCUUGUCCCUGGCACCUGCUGCCUGAUAAAAUCAGAGUCCAAGAACAAGUGGUGCAGGGCUGAAAUUGUAAACGCCGACACCAUAGCAGUUCUAAACCUGGUGGAUUACGGCCAUUGUGAAUGCAUGCAGUGUGAGGACUUUUCCGAGCUGAAGGUGCUUCCAGCAGAGAUGACGAACAUCCCAAAGGUGACAUUCCCCUGCAUCCUGAGAGGGGUGAAGCCAGUUGAUGAGGAUGGACAGUGGACCGAUGAUGCCGCAGUGUUCUUCCAGCAGUGUUUGUACCAGAAGAACCUCCAGAUCUUCUUCAGGGAGUUUGAGUCCAACACACACUGGAAGGUGGACAUCCUGGCUGAUGGCGUCCAUGUGGCCAAAGAGCUGGUCGAUGCUGGGCACGCCAACUACAUAGACGUCAUGCUAGGAUUGCGGUUCCAGGAGCAGAGCCUCUGUAAAGCCGCCUCUCGUAGCCCUGACAGUGGAGACGAGUUUGUCCAAGCAGAUGAAGCCUCCGAUGGGACGUCCCAUCUCUCUGUCGACUUUACUGAUGAAGCCGGGACGGUGCCACUCAGCGCCGUGUCUGGAUUUAGACAUUGUUUUCUGAUGUGAAGGCGGUGUGCUUGAAUCCUGUCCCUGAAAUGAGCAGCGAGACCCUGGAUGCAGUGAUUCCCUGUCGCCUAGCGUCGGAUGAUUCAUGUGAUAUGCAGCUUGUUGAAAUGUUCGGCCAAAAGAUCCUCUACAUGUCUGCGUUUGGUGAAUGACGGCUGCUUAAGAAUAAAUCACAAAAAAAGAAUAAUCACAUCUCAGAUUAAUCAAAACUACCUUUAAGUUACGUUUACAUGUUAUGUAUUUUUAUUUUGAGAGAAACCGGUUGUUUUUCUUUCCAUUUUAUUCACGUAGUUUCAGUCGUUUUUGAAGAUUGUUGAGUCAGCAGCGCCACGUCUCUAAAAAAUAAAGGUAGAUGGUGAGGUUAGAAAACAGAAACAUUUAGUUCUGGUGUAAAUCAGGUGUUUUAUGCAUGACUCUUAAAAAAAAAAGUGGUUUUAUGGGAACUUGUGAAUAAGUCUACUUUGGUCAUUUGGAGUUUUGGUUUUCAUUUGGCACUUAUUGGAACUUCUCACUGCAAUUUAAACUUAAACUGUAAUUAACUUGCUGUAAUUGGGGUUUUUUUUGUGUGCAGAAUAAAUUUGAGUUAUGAA